CAGGAAGCCGCACCUUUUUACAGUGCUCAGUGUGCUUUCCUCCUCCGGAUUGUUAACUGUCCGGCUGGCCUCUGUGAAAUGACCCUUCUGCACCCCGGCCUCCCUUGGCCUGGGAAGCGACAGAGUUCAGCACUGCCGCUUUCAGAGCUUGCCUGCCUUUGGCUCCCUGCGCUUGAUGGGCCAAGGUCCAUAUUGUGUGUCCUCAGGACUCUGCCACCAGAGAGAGGGUCUCCAGCCCGAACCCUUGGCUUGGCAGCUGGAGAUGCGCUGGGCGAGCGCACUGCUGAAUAACUCGCUCUCCUUUAACUUUUGUUCCAAUUUAAGGUCAAAGGCGUCCAGCAGGUACACGCGGAGCAACGUUUCUCAAAAUCUAGGCAACCUGCAUUUUAACCCACUGCCCGGGAGAUUCUUACAGAAAGGAAAGUUUGACAAGUGUGGAUUCGGAAUACAGUUCUCAAGUCUGGCUCCACAGGAGGGUCUCUAGGAGGAGGUUUUAAAAGAAGUAAAUCCUGAGUUUCGCCCCAGAGAUUCUGGGCCUUCCUGCUUGGCCGGUGGCCCGAGGGCCCCAGGGCGUGCCCCACCGUGUCUUGGGCCCCGAAGCAGGAAGGCUGCACUGCAGACGGAGGAGGAGUCAGGGAGGAGGAGCGGGCAGAGACGGCGGAGCGGGCCGGCCGGCGCGAAACACUGGAGAAGUGCAACAAGUCUAAAGAGAAGCAGCUCUCUCUUGGGCGGACCUCGGAACCAUGAGCAGUAAUGGGACAGGACUAGACAUCGGCUAUCUCUCCUCUUUCGCAGCAAUACUUUUGUUUGGGUCAAAUUUUGCACCACUUAAAAAAUAUGACACUGGUGACGGGAUGUUCCUUCAGUGGGUGCUCUGUGCUGCCAUUUGGUUAGUUGCCUUGGUGGUCAACCUGAUACUCCACUGCCCUCGGUUUUGGCCUUUUGCGAUGCUUGGAGGCUGCAUUUGGGCAACAGGGAAUAUUGCUGUUGUCCCCAUUAUCAAAACCAUUGGUCUAGGCCUUGGAAUCCUAAUCUGGGGGUCAUUUAAUGCUGUGACUGGCUGGGCAAGCUCAAGGUUUGGCUGGUUUGGAAUGGAUGCUGAGGAGGUGUCAGAGCCAGUGCUGAAUUACCUCGGAGCUGGGCUCUCAGUAGUGAGUGCUUUCAUAUUUUUGUUCAUCAAAAGCGAAAUACCACGUAACACUCUUGCCACGGAUACUACGCCGUUACUGACGGAGCAUGCGAUCAACUCCACUCCAGACCCCUGCGCCAGCCCCUCCUGGGUGGACAGACUCUCGGCAGCGCACCGCCGCCUGCUGGGCUGCAGCCUCGCGGUGAUGUCCGGGACGCUCUACGGGUCUACGUUCGUGCCGAUCAUUUAUAUCAAGGACCACGGCAAAAGAAAUGACAGUGUAUACGCCGGGGCAAGCCAGUACGAUUUAGACUACGUUUUUGCACACUUCAGCGGCAUCUUUCUUACAAGCACAGUCUACUUUUUGGUCUACUGCAUAGCCAUGAAAAACAGUCCCAAACUCUAUCCAGAAGCCGUCUUACCAGGGUUCCUGUCAGGAGUGCUUUGGGCAAUAGCUACCUGCUGCUGGUUCGUAGCUAAUCACUCUCUCAGUGCCGUGGUCAGUUUCCCAAUAAUCACUGCUGGUCCAGGAUUUAUAGCUGCAUUGUGGGGUGUCUUCAUUUUUAAGGAAAUACAGCUAAACAGUGCAAGCAGCUUUAAGGAGUGCAGACCUGAUCUCCAGCUGAGGCAAGUGCCCCUGGCUGAGAAAAACACAAUCCCAAAGCAAAGACUCUUGGACUCCGAGCCUCUUCUUUUUAUUUGUUCUGGGGGUUGCACCAUUAAACCAAACCAAGGGGUGCCUCCCCGCCCAUCUAGGUCUCUAGCCACCCCACCCCAGUCUCCCUUUCAGAUAAGGUCUUGCCAACUCCAGAUCCUCCUGCCUCGGCCUCCGGAGCAGUUGGGGUUGCAGGCGUGCCAGUCUGCCCCCCUCCCGCUCACUGCUCCAGCAGCACCGUCCUCCUUGCUGUCUUGGGAAAGCCUCGUGCUUUCUCUUUGCGCCUGAAGUUCCUCCUACCUGGAUCCUCCUCGCCACCCCAUUCCCUGGGCAGGCGGUCGAUAGCGGCAGCUAGGAGCUCGGCUCCCGGCCUCCUGACAGCUUUAGGACGGACACAGUGCAUGGUUAGACGGGGGCUCUGCACGGUGACACCCGCUGGUGCGGUCCCGGCCCGGGGUUCCCCGAUUCUUCUCUGUGCUACUCGAUUGGCUGCGUGACAGCGCACAGCUGUUCACCUGCACUCACCCGAAGGGAUGGGCGAGUCGGGAAGACGGCGGGUUUUGAGAGAAUCUGGAUAAUUACUAGAGAGCACGCCGGGGCACAGCAGAGGGCAGUAAGUUCCUGCGGUCCUGGAAGAACCUGCUUCCUGUGCGUCCGAUCAGGUUUACCACGGCAGCGUCCCUGAGGCUGUGACCCUUACUGUUACUAUACUGUUGUUGCCCAGGGUCUGCGGAACUACCUCCUGCUGGGCCUCGCCUUCUGCACCAUCCUGGCGGGGGCGCUCUGCACCGCUUUUUCUGAAGUCUG